CGAGUAGGACUUCUUGGUUUGGCCAUUUCAUCUGUUCAUCAACAAUUGCCCGCGUUUCUCCAACAGCCCUCCCUCUGUGUUUGGCGGGAUUCAAGCAGGAAGAAGACGCGAUUUCAUUAUUUGCUAGACAACAUGCUGUUUUCCGGCAGACAGAGAAAGUCUGCUGUUAAUCCUCAGACGGAGCUCUAUGGACAUCUUUUGCAGUUCUAUGGACAACCUCCACUUGAAAACCUCCCUCUUACAGAAUUUGAGACAUUCGCAGUGGAGAGAUUGAAAUUGUUGAAGACUGUUGAGAAUUUGGGCGUGAGCUACGUCAAACUUUCCGACCAGUACAUCAAGAAAUUGAAUCAUGAGAUUAAGAACCUGAACUUUCCUUACAGAGCUGAGAUGGAUGACAAAAAAUCUCAGAGUGGGGUGAGUGAAUAUGAGAAACGUAGAAAGGACCACAUCUCCCACUUCAUUCUGAGACUCGCCUACUGCCAGACGGAGGAUCUCAGACGAUGGUUCAUACAGCAGGAAGUGGAUCUGUUCCGUUGCCGCUUUAAUGAACUGCAUCCGAAACUAAAGCUGGAGUUCAUGCACAAAAAUAAUCUUCAGUAUGAUCCGAUUAGUGUCCAGGAGAAGCGAGCCCUGCAGGAAAAACUUGUCAACUCCAGCUACUCUGUCAGUGGAGUCACUGUGGAGGAUCAAGAUUUCUACAAAGUGCCUUUUCAAGAUGCUCUGGAUCUGGUCCGAACCAGGAAAGUGUACCUAAAGGCAGGCUACGUAUACAUCCCACAUCAGGAUAUUGUCACCAUUGUGCUAAAUGAUUUUCGCACAAGGCUGUCCAAAGCUCUUGCGCUGACGGCUCGCUCGCUACCGGCGGUGCAUUCUGAUGAACGGCUCCAGCCACUGCUUAAACACCUCAGCAAUGCCUAUUUGGGACAGGACUACAGCAUCCAGAAAAAUGUUGGUAAAAUCUCCUUGGAACAAAUAGAUUCGCUCUCAGGCAAGUCCUUCCCCCUGUGCAUGAGGCAGCUUCAUCAGGCCUUAAGAGAGAACCAUCAUCUCCGCCAUGGUGGCCGCAUGCAGUACGGCCUCUUCCUCAAAGGCAUCGGCCUCUCUCUAGAGCAGGCGCUGCAGUUCUGGAGGUCGGAAUUUAUUCGAGGCAAAGUGGAUGCAGACAGGUUUGACAAACAGUACGCUUACAGCAUCCGCCACAUGUUUGGCAAAGAAGGCAAGAGGACAGACUACACCCCCUACAGCUGCAUGAAGGUGAUUUUGUCAAACCCACCCAGCCAAGGCGACCAUCAUGGAUGUCCAUUUCGACACAGUGACCCCGAGCUGCUCAAGCAGAAGCUUCAGUUCUACAAGGUGUCCCCCAGUGGGAUCAAUCAGAUUUUGGAGUUGGUCAAAGGGAUGCACUAUCAGCUGGCCUGCCAGAAGUACUUUGAGCUGACACACAAUAUAGAGGAUGCCAACUUCUCCCUUAAUCACCCUAACGAGUACUUUUUGGAGAGCCAGAAGACUUUGGGGGGAGGCAAGGACACCAAGCAAGAGACGGACACCCCGCAGAGGUCGCAGGGUAACAACUCUGCUGCCAGAAACUCUGCUGCUACUCAAGAAAAGGCGGCGGUCAACACCAGUGCAUCGCAAGAUUGUUCCGAGAUUACAGAAGACCUGGACUCGUACUUUCAGGAUGCCUGAUUCGCUCAUUCGUCUAUUUCUAUACAUAUAAACAUAUCCAUCUAACGCAGGGGUGGGCAAACUUUUUGACUCGUGGGCCGCAUUGAUAUAACAAAAUUUCCGGGG